AUGAAUCCCAUCAUCCCAGGCUUCGCGCCUGACCCUUCCAUUGUCCUCGUCGACGACACAUACUACGUGGUGAAUUCCAGCUUCCACAUCUUCCCCGGUCUGCCGAUAUAUGCAUCCAAAGACCUGGUCUCAUGGCGACACAUAACCAACGCAUUCAAUCGCCGCGAACAGUUGAGCCUCAAGGCCUCCGACACCACGCACAGCCCUCCGGGGGAAUGGGGAGAGGUCAUGUCUGCCACAGGCGGUCUAUACGCGCCGACCAUCCGCUAUCGCGACGGGACAUUCUAUGUCAUCUGCACCAAUGUGAUCCGUGCAGAGGGCGAGGAGAAAGACGGUCAAAGGAUGCAGAACUUCAUCAUCACCACCACUGACAUCCACUCUCACCGAUGGAGUGAUCCUAUCUUCUUCGACUUUGACGGAAUCGACACCAGUCUUGUCUGGGAUGAGCGAGGAAAGGCAUAUCUGCACGGUUCUGCCGCCCCUGGUCCGAUGACAACGAUCAAGAUGUUCGAAAUCGAUGUUAAGACCGGGGCCAAACUCAGCGGCGAGCGGUUGCUCUGGACCGGCACCGGAGGCAUCUGGCCAGAAGGGCCACACAUCUAUCGCAAAGACGGGUGGUGGUACUUGGUUAUUUCCGAAGGCGGCACCUUUGAGGAUCAUAUGAUCACCGUCGCCCGGAGCAAAGAGCUCUUCGGCCCAUACGAACCAAACCCCAAAAAUCCCAUCCUCACCGCAUGUGGGACCGGGGAGUACAUCCAGCACACCGGGCACUGUGACGUCUUUUGCGACAAGCAAGGCCAGUGGUGGUGCGUCUGUCUUGGAGUACGACAAGAUCCAAAAAAGAGAUAUGUCAUGGGGCGUGAAACGUUCAUCACCCCAGGAUCAUGGCCCGAGGGUGACUGGCCAACCUUGCAACCUGUCAAGAUGGAUCCGGCGGCCGCAUACGGACGGCAGGUGGGCAAGCCCAGUGCUCUGAGUUCAGAGCCCCUGGUGGACCUCUGCUACAUCCGCGACGUGGAUCUCAGCAAGCACAAGAUUUCAGACGACGGCAAGACCAUCGAGCUGAUAUCCAGCACGGCUGACCUCUCGAACGCGCGAGACCCAGUCUCGUUUAUUGGGAAACGACAGAGGGUGCUUGAUGGUCGAUCUUCGGUGGUCCUCCUGACGCCGCCUCACGGAGUGUCUGGCAAAGCGGGCCUCGCUGUAUACAAAGACGAGUUCCGCUACGCCCGGAUCUACACCGACAUGAAGACCGGCGAAGUGGUCCUUGAAGUCGUCAACAAGCCCAAGGGGAUCAAUCGUCUGACGCGAAAGGCGUGUCCGGCCGCAGGCAAAGAUAUCGAGCUGCAGCUGGCGUACACGGAGGACUCGUACACGUUCUCGUUCAGCACGGCGGGCGAGAAUGUCAAGUUCGACUCCUUUGACACGCUGGACUUGGUGGGCCCAGAUUUCACGGGCCCAGUCGUUGGAGUCUUCUUCACAUCGUCCCAGGAUGGUUCGAGCGUCACCUUUCGUAACCUAAGAGUAGACUGA